AGAUGGAGAUGGGAUCACUGAUUCUUCUGCUCUGCAGCUCUGCUGCUUUUCAAGGUUACUGGACCACUGAAGUACCAACUGUUUCAGCGGAUAUACGACUAGUUGGGGGCGACAGCUCCUGCUCUGGGAGAGUGGAGGUACAGGUCCAUGGCACCUGGGGCACUGUGUGCGAUGACAACUGGAACAUGCCUAAUGCUGAAGUGGUUUGCAGACAGAUUGGCUGUGGACCAGCCCUGAGUGCUCCUUCCAGUGCUCAUUUUGGACCGGGCAGUGGACAGAUCUGGCUGGAUGAUGUCUGCUGCACUGGCCAUGAGUCGUCUCUCUCUCAGUGCAGACAUAAUGGCCAUGGCAACCAUAACUGUGGCCACCAUGAAGAUGCUGGGGUAGUCUGUCAAGGUAAGGCUGCACAUCUGUCUUUAGGGAUAAAGAAGGCUCCUUUUCUCUUAGAAGAGCAUGCAAAAGUGUUCGAGAAAGGCAUUGGCAAGAUGAAACACAUUAAAGCAAAGAUUGAAUUGGAUGACAAUGCGACACUGAGAUUUCACAAGGCACGUCCAGUGCCAUAUGCACUGCGUCCGAAAAUGGAUGCAGAACUUCUGAGCCUAGAGGAAUGUAACAUUCUCUCCAAGGUUGACUGGAGCGACUGGGCUACACCCAUUGUUCCCGUGAUUAAAAAAGGGAAAAGUGGAGGUGUUCGCAUAUGUGGCGAUUUCAAGGUGACCAUUAAUACGGUGCUGCAUACUGUACAGUAUCCUCUACCACGAAUCAAAGACAUCUUCUCAUCACUAGCUGAAGGGGAGACGUUUUCGAAAAUUGACCUGUCUCAGGCCUACCUUCAGAUGGAAGUAGAGGAAUCGAGUAGGAAGUUGCUAACCAUCAACACGCAUAUGGGACUGGACCAGUAUAAUAGGCUUGUAUUUGGCGUCGCAUCAGCUCCAGCCAUCUGGCAAAGAGCGAUGGAGCAAGUACUUCAGGAUAUACCAAGAACACAGUGUUAUCUCGAUGACAUCUUGAUCACAGGAAAGAAUGAUGAAGAUCAUCUCCAAAACUUCAGCAUAGUGCUCAAAAGACUAAGUGACUAUGGCCUAAGGGCGAAGAGAGAAAAAUGCCAGUUUUUCAAGACUUUAUCUCUUAACAUUUUUAUAGGACCGGACAUAACGGAUAUACGACUAGUUGGGGGCGACAGCUCCUGCUCUGGGAGAGUGGAGGUACAGGUCCGUGGCACCUGGGGCACUGUGUGCGAUGACAUCUGGAACAUGCCUAAUGCUGAAGUGGUUUGCAGACAGAUUGGCUGUGGACCAGCCCUGACAGCUCAUUCCAGUGCUCAUUUUGGACAGGGCAGUGGACAGAUCUGGCUGGAUGAUGUCAGCUGCACUGGCCAAGAGUCGUCUCUCUCUCAGUGCUCACAUAUUGGCCAUGGCAUCCAUAACUGUGGCCACCAUGAAGAUGCUGGGGUAGUCUGUCAAGGACCGAACAUAACGGAUAUACGACUAGUUGGGGGCGACAGCUCCUGCUCUGGGAGAGUGGAGGUACAGGUCCGUGGCACCUGGGGCACUGUGUGCGAUGACAUCUGGAACAUGCCUAAUGCUGAAGUGGUUUGCAGACAGAUUGGCUGUGGACCAGCCCUGACAGCUCAUUCCAGUGCUCAUUUUGGACAGGGCAGUGGACAGAUCUGGCUGGAUGAUGUCAGCUGCACUGGCCAUGAGUCGUCUCUCUCUCAGUGCUCACAUAUUGGCCAUGGCAUCCAUAACUGUGGCCACCAUGAAGAUGCUGGGGUAGUCUGUCAAGGACCGAACAUAACGGAUAUACGACUAGUUGGGGGCGACAGCUCCUGCUCUGGGAGAGUGGAGGUACAGGUCCGUGGCACCUGGGGCACUGUGUGCGAUGACAUCUGGAACAUGCCUAAUGCUGAAGUGGUUUGCAGACAGAUUGGCUGUGGACCAGCCCUGACAGCUCAUUCCAGUGCUCAUUUUGGACAGGGCAGUGGACAGAUCUGGCUGGAUGAUGUCAGCUGCACUGGCCAUGAGUCGUCUCUCUCUCAGUGCUCACAUAUUGGCCAUGGCAUCCAUAACUGUGGCCACCAUGAAGAUGCUGGGGUAGUCUGUCAAGGACCGAACAUAACGGAUAUACGACUAGUUGGGGGCGGCAGCUCCUGCUCUGGGAGAGUGGAGGUACAGGUCCGUGGCACCUGGGGCACUGUGUGCGAUGACAUCUGGAACAUGCCUAAUGCUGAAGUGGUUUGCAGACAGAUUGGCUGUGGACCAGCCCUGACAGCUCAUUCCAGUGCUCAUUUUGGACAGGGCAGUGGACAGAUCUGGCUGGAUGAUGUCAGCUGCACUGGCCAUGAGUCGUCUCUCUCUCAGUGCUCACAUAUUGGCCAUGGCAUCCAUAACUGUGGCCACCAUGAAGAUGCUGGGGUAGUCUGUCAAGGUAAGGCUGCACAUCUGUCUUUAGGGAUAAAGAAGUCUCAUUUUGUAAGUGUGUGCUAAGGAUAAGUAGUAUGU